AUGGCGGGCCAAGUACACGUGAAUUCACUGUUUGGUUUAGAGUUUGACGUAUGGCGACAAGAUGCCGCGCUGUUGGAGGAUCGCGGGCCGACCAGCCAGGACAUUCGCGGCUCGGUCAGCGGCAAAUCCAUGAUGCCAUGUUUUGACCACAGUAUUCCGCACAAGGUCGAACCAGGCAGAAACGAGCUUGGGAUCUUCGCAUUUGGCCCUCUGGUAGUCGUACUUUCGAAUCCAGCGCGUACCGACGAACCUCGCGACCUAGUUGGUCCCGACGGUGCCCGUGUCGCGUUCGGCGAGCAGUCGAUUGGCCAUAUCUUCAACACCAGAAGGCCGAGGAGGGAAUGCGCGAGAAUCCAGCUCGAGUAUUUCUACCGCACUGCAACACACUCUGCAAUCACGCAUGUGUGCGAGAUCGACCCUGUGCGCACCCGCAGCAACCCCGGGGACGAGCUGCGAAAAACUGUCGAGCUGGCCGCGAUAAGGGCCGACUAUAACCCCAAGGCCGUGCCUAGGAGCCUCUUCUACCUGCCGCAGCGCAUGGCCCGGCGGGUGGUGUGGCACAGGCAGAAGAGGGCGCUUCCGGCGGAGGAUGGAGAUAAAAGAGUGGCUGGCGAUGCGGAAGGCGUGGAAUCCAUGAUGUGCGAAUAGCAAUAUCCCCUCAAAGGCAGCAGUGAUAUCAACACGGCGACCAACCGACGGACAAGGCAUUCUGGCGCUGGCCAGUGGCUGUGAGGUGGAGCAGCUUUUACGCCCUUGGGGCAGAUUGGUUGGGAGUACACAUGUUCUUUGCAGACAUCGAUGCAACCUUGUUGUUGGUUGGCCUACUAACAUGGCCUCUGGUACCAGGCAGCCGUCAUCAUGUGGAUUAGUGAUGGUGGUGUUCAAACCGGCCGCGG